AUGGCAGACCUCAGCAAGCUUCCGAAAGACUUCUAUGUCACGUCUAUGCAGUUCACGAAGAAUGCACACCAAGACGCGUACCCUGCCAUCGAUCCCAGUAUCCCAGAACAUAGCCUGGCAGGAAAGGUAGCCGUCAUCACUGGCGCUUCGCGUGGUAUAGGAGCCAUGGCAAUGGUACCGGCCUUCGUCAAGGCCGGUGUAAAGGGUGUUGCAUUGCUGGCAUCCAACGCCGAAAAGCUCGCAGCUACUGAGAAGUCGGUCAAAGAGGCGGACCCCAACAUCGAAACGCUUACAUACGCCCUCGACAUUUCCGACACGAAAGGCGUCGAGGCCGCCUUCGAAGCGAUCCGGCAGAAAUUCGGCCACGCGGAUGUCCUCGUCAACGCAGCCGGCGCCAUGACUGGAGACGGACCGAAACUGCACGACACAGACCCCGAUCAAUGGUGGAGGAACUUCGAGAUCAACGGAAAAGGCAACUAUCUGCUCAUCCGCUCUUUCCUUCGCCUACUGCCCAGCCCCGAUACACCUGCCACGAUCGUCAACGUAAGCUCAUGGCAGGCGUUCUUUACCGUUCCGCCGCUUGGCGCCUACUUCAUGUCCAAGUUCAUCCUCGACGCGUUGGCUACGUACGUCGCUGCGGAGUACCCGAAUGUUACCGCCGUAUCGAUGCAUCCGGGUCUUGUCGCGACCGACAUGCUGCGUGAGCCCUUCCGCUCGCUCUUCAACCAAGACAGUCCGGAGCUUGUUGGCGGUACUGCCGUUUGGCUGUGUCAAGAGAAGGCGAAGUUCUUGAGCGGUCGCUUCAUCGCUGCGAACUGGGAUGUGGAGGAUCUUCUCAGUCGCAAGGAAGAGAUUGUCAAGGACGACUUGCUCAAGCUGACAUUAAAAGGAGACUUCGGUGUAUGA